AUGCAACUUUCUGCCAACCUCCCUAUAUUCAAAUUCCACCACCAUCGUCACCACAACCACCACCACCACCUCCUCUGCUACCACUACCUUGUCAUGGGCAUCAUCACCAUCACCCCAACCAUCGCCGUGACCGCCACAACCACAACCACACCAUCAUUGACCACUACCACUUGCCACCGCUUUACCACUAGCAGCCCACUAUGUACCAACAUCAUACAUGAUGAUACUAUCAUCACCACCACUAUUAAGACAUCUAACAGUCGCCGCCUCUAA